AAAUGACGCUUGCUUUCGUGUGUUAUACCGCUGCGAUUAUCUAUCAUUUAAAUCAGUUUGAAGUUAGUGAAUAAUAGCCUGUACAACGCGUGCAAGCUGCGCCAUAUACCGGAACGAGCAGGAGAAGAAAAACUUGUAUAAUUAACGCGCAGUUUGUCUAUGGCAAGUCGAAAUUGUCGUACAUCGGUCGAUUUCAUAUAGGCGCGAAUAAGGUGAAUCGGCAACGAAACACGCGAAAGCCAGUCAACCGAGGAUCAAUUGAUUCCGUGAAUCUCGUUAAAGCGAGUAAUAGCGAGGCGAGUUUAAGUCACACGCUUUUGCAAUGGAAAAAGCGACAGGACGUCGUCGCCAAUUAAAUAACUUUCGUCUCAUUGAAUCGAUGGAAUUUCUAAUGGAAUGUUUCAACUGGUUUUACGAGCUAUGAAUAUCGAGAUGGAAGAAAAAAGAUUCGAGAUACGGGACGAGUGGCGAGAAACGAGAAACAAGAGGAACGAGAAACGAGAGGAACGAGAAACGAGAGACACGAGAAACGAAAAGCACGAGGAGAGUGAAGAGAAAUUGCGACCUGCUUAAAAAGCAGGAAACGAGAAUGAAAAUGUUCCAUGAAUUGUCGCAGCUCCGUUGAAGGGACGUCAGUUUCAUUGUUAAAGUUAUUACGCGAUAGUGACGAUAAUAAUCGGACAUGGGCAGGAGCCAACAUGUGCGAGCUACAGAACGUAGCCAACCAGAAAUAAUGAUGGGCUAUGUUCAAAAGUUCGUCGAGUUGGCGUAUGAACUGCUUGCGGUACGUUUGAACUGUUAAGAGUGGGUAAACAUGGGAAUAAAUUGAAACGAGAAUGUACGCCGUUUCGCGAGAACUAUCGCGAUGAUGUAAAUGCUGAUAAACGGGUGAUAUUCGGUUGUUCUCUCUUUUUAUUCCAACGAUAUUUUUUCGCUCGUUGAGUUAUUAAAUAUUGUCGCACGAUUGUUUCGUGUACAUAAAAAUCCUGGUACCAAUUCAGCAGAAGAGAUCGUUUGUUAGAAAUAGAGAGCGUGCAAAAUCUGAUUGGACGUUACAAAAGAUGGAAAAAUUCAUAUUGGUGUUCCUGUUUUAAUUUUCCAUUUAUCAUCGCCUGUAACGUUGUAUUUAGUUACCAGAAGAGGACGUGGUUGUCGAAGUAUGGCUGGUGUCGCACGUUUAGCAAACGAUGAAAUGAAAGAAGCGAGAUAUUGGGGAGCAAAGGAGCUUGUAAGGGAAUAAAAACUGGAGAAUACAAUGAAAGUGGAUAUAAAUCGAAGGUCAAACGUGUCUGAUAUUCUGUGCGAUAAACGUACGAUAAAUGCAGUGAAAGAAUGUACGUGAUAAAUCGAUGCUAAAUUUCGGUAGACGUUUCUAUUUGUGUACAUCAUGCGCGAUAGAGCUUCCUCCAAAUGGAAACUUAUCGAAUUUUUCUGGAUCUCUCUUAUCUGUAUUGCCGGCGUAACUAAACAGAUGUCAAAAUAAAGGAAACCAUCUGUAUAAAUUCUAGAGUGACAGUAGUUACGGCCAUUUUACGUUUAUAAAUCCCGUAAACGAGAAUGGAGUUGGGACGCAAAUAAUAUUGUUCGGUAACUUACUUGAACGAACGAUAUUUCGUAAGAUGGAUCAUUUCGCUCGUUCGUUUUCUUCGAAAAGAACUCGCGAAUAAUAAAAAAUAUUUGCGAUUUCCUAUAUCGUAUAAGAUCAUAAAGUACCGAAAAUCCAAGUCCAAGAAAAACUUUUGUGAUCCGUUUCUACGUGCUCUUUUCUUUUGUCGAAUAUACUUGACGAAGGUGAGCCACUUACAGCGAAAGAUUGAAGCUGAACGAGAAAAGACUAAGGGUCACAGCCCUCUACUUGAAUCCAUAUCGAUUACAGGAGACGUGAAUGUUGUCGUGCUUGUGUAUAACAUGGGCAAAAUGACGAAGACAGUGUAUCGCUGACAAUAGUCGUGCUGUACAUUAUAUUUCGUGUAAUGAUACUCGCAAGAGAAAUCCGGUGACUAAUACACGGCGAUUUUGUUGAAACUUUGCACAAGGGAUCUAUCUAAGAAUUUAACCGUAACCCGUGGCCAUUUUUUACUUCUAAGAAAGAAAGCAACCCUUUUAUCAGAGCCGGCCCCUGUAUACAAGUAUGAUGAAUGUCUAAAGUAAGGACGUUGUAAAUUAGUUGUCACCAUGAGAACGCUUCUGAUCAUACUGAGCACUUUCUUGGAAAUACAACUUUAUUUCAUUGGGAGCCGGGCGGAGCAGCAACAAUCGUUAAGGGUCAGCAACGAAUUGGUGUCAUUAAACAGCUCCGAGGAUAAAAGCGAAGAUGUCGUCGAAGGUCCCAUCAGGGAAGUUCUUGCACAAAGCGGAAGCACCGCGAAUUUGCCCUGCAAAAUUACCGAACCUGGCGCUGGAACCAUUACAUGGAUGAAGCGUAAAAACAGACGGUUGUUGACUGUUGGCACAAGUACCCACUCAGUCGACAAACGAUUUGUCGUGAUGCAUUCGAGUACUGAUUGGCUACUUCAAAUACGAGCAGUUACUCUCCAGGACGAGGGUAUAUACGAAUGUCAGGUUACGUCGCAUCCAGUGCAACGGAAUUUCGUGCUCUUGAAGAUCACAGAAGCGUACUCGAUCAUACCAGGGGCGCCUGAUUUACACGUGAAGCAAGGUUCCAGUCUUCGGUUGGAGUGUCAACUGAAGGCAGCUGCGGAAUCGCCCCUCUACGUCUUCUGGUAUCGUCAGGGACAUAUGAUCAACUACGACGAGGAGCCAGGCGUGAAAGUUGAACUGACCAAGAACGGAUCGAUUCUAAUGGUCAACAAAACGAAACCGUCGCACGGCGGUAAUUAUACGUGUUCACCGAGCAAUGCUAAAUCGGCUUACGUGAUGGUUCACGUGAUCGAAGAGGAAGAGAAACCGGCGGCAAUGCACGGAGGAGACAGAAGGAACCUUAGUCCAGCAAUUUUAGCGAGUAACUUUCUGGUGUCCCUCUUGGCGGCCGUCAGCUGGAGGAUACCGAGUUUCACCAGCCUUUACCCGACAUGAAUCACCGUUGAACUUAUGGGAACGACUGGUGUUAGUCGUGGCCGCGCUACCGCAACUCGGUUCAUCUCUCCUAUCGCAAGGACGACUCUGACCAUCGGUCGACCAUUCGGGAUUCGUCUUUUCAACUGUAACUCCAAUCGGCCCUGCAAGAACGAUAUCCUUGCAUUGGUGUUAAAACCGGAAUGUCAUCGAGUGUAUCGAUUCACGUAUGAACACACGGAACCGCCGCCACUUUCGGACCGACCCUUUUACCUGUAGCGCGAUUCUUUUCAGAGAUUCGUGCUCCCUCAUCGAGGGGAACCGCGUCCGAUCGUGAGAGCAGCAGAACUGUAGCCACCGAGAAAUCCUUUUGUUUUAUUCCCUUCUAUCUUUUAACCCUCUUGUCCCUUAUCCCGUGUACUCCAUCUCCUUCCACCCCGUUCCUUUAUUAUGUACCAAGCAAUUUCUUUGUCUGGAAAAACUUAUGCGUGGUCGGAGUAACGAUUAUUCUGCUGGUUUUGGAAUCGAUAUAGAAAGUAUGUGGUGCAAGAUGUGUCUCACUUUUAACGUUGGGAAAUAGAACGACGCGCGAAGAAAGGUUCCUCUUUUAUUCUCUUUUCUGUUGCGAGACGAUAGGAACCUGUCGAUUCGAGCAUGAUCUUUUACUUGCUAGUAUCUGUCAUUGUGCGCGAUGAGUGAACCGUUUUCUUCGUACGUGCAUUAUAUAUACAUAUGUAAAUGUACACAUACAUAAAGAAACGCGCAUACAUACACAUUCCUUAUACACGCGGGGUUCAUACACAUACAUACGUAUACCUAUACGUAUACACAUACGUAGUAUGUAAGCGACACCGUGGACUCGAGAUGAACAAGCGCCUUUACGUUUCGUGACGUGGAAACCGUUCUUCUUCCACUCCUUCUUCGAAUCUUGGAUAGCAUGUGUGUGUGUGUUAGAGAUUUAUUGAGACGGAAUGCGAGGAAAGUGAAAGCCUCCGUUGAAUCCGGGGAGAAUCAGGAGUACAGUGGAUCGAUCAGGCUGCGGAUAAACUCGUUAUCGGAAAUUCGUGACAGACAUUCAUGCGAUUCCGCGCGUUGCCGCGUGUUCAUGUCGGGAUAAACGGAAUCAAUGUAAAUAUAACGCUCUAAUCAUACAUUCAAUAAAACAUUAAUCGUAAAGC